UCUCUGUGUAACUCGAAAGUGUGUCUCUAUCACCACCAGAAGCUGGUGCAAUAAAAGAUAUUAGCUCACACCUACCUUGUCUUAGUGGUGCUUUAACGUGUGUUAGCUCCAUAGUUGUAAGUUCUAGUGUGGACAAUACAUAAAUGUUUGUGGCCUUGUGACUAAAAAUUCAAGGGUGUGUGUCCCUGGAUGGCUACGUUUCAGCUGUCAAGUGGAGUGUAUUUGUGGAGAGGAGCCACACCAAGUGAGAGUGACCCAGCCAGAAUUCCUCUAGACCACAGUCUUUUUUCAUAGGGGUGCAGUCUAUACAUUUUCCUUCCUCUCACCCCCACCAUGAUGCAGGUUUGCUGGCCAGUAUAGAUGGGGCCAUGGGCCUGCUCUCACCCCAGCUGCAAGAGAGUGCAGGCAUGCACAUUGUGACUUCACUGUUCCCUUCCCCCAGCCACAAUCUGGCCUUAAAUAUUUUGCAGACCCAAGCAACCGCCUGAUCUGCCUGCAUGGCUUAGUUGUCUUGGUUACUAUGGUUAGCCAUUCAGAAUUAGUGCAUUUUUCUUGAGAGCAAAUAGGAAUGCAUUUGAAUUUCAAUGCUACACAGAUGUGGGGAGGGAGGGUGUAAAGGUCAGAGGAGCUGAGGAAUGAGAGUGAGCUGUAACGUCUGGACUUUACUCUCUCAUGUAAUCUGUAACCAGACAAACUUCACCCAAAACCCAAUCGAAUGCAAAACAAAAAAGACACCACAUUGAACCAGAAAGGUGAGUUUCUUUACUUAGAGUCCUUAUUCCCGACUGCAUUUUUCAUGCUUUCAACAAUCAAACUGCAAACUUGCUGUGUGUCCAGAACCCCAGGGAGGACUGUGAUUGGCAAGUGUGAAAGAAAAGUAUGGUAGGGAAAUGUUAUGCUUUGUUUGAAAACUACUUGUUCCACACAUACAGAGCAGCAUUUCUGUGUUAAUUCCAUCAUGUGCUGAAGGCACACAUCCAGAAGCAUAUUUUUUGCUAUGACUUUGGAUAAAUGAAAGCAUGGUCCAGAGGGUGGCAAUCAUUGGAGCUGGGUCCAGUGGACUGGCCUCCAUCAAGUGCUGUCUGGAUGAGGGGCUGGAGCCCACCUGCUUUGAGCAAAGUCAUGACAUCGGGGGCCUCUGGAGGUUCACAGAAGCGGGGAGGAUCUGUGUCUACAGAUCGGUGAUAACCAACACCUCCAAGGAGAUGAUGUGUUUCAGUGACUUCCCCUUCCCAGAGGAUUUCCCCAACUACAUGAACCACUCCAGGCUCCUGGAAUAUUUCAGAAUGUACGCCGAGCACUUCAGCCUUCUCAGAUACAUACGCUUCAAGACCACAGUUCACAGUGUAAGGAAACGCCCAGAUUUCUCCACCACUGGCCAGUGGGAUGUUGUCACUGAGACUGAUGGGACGGCUGAGUCGGCCAUUUUUGAUGCUGUUAUGGUUUGCAGUGGCCAUUAUGCAGAGCCCCAUUUACCACUGGAUUCUUUCCCUGGUAUAGAAAAUCGCUUUAGAGGCCAGUACCUCCACAGCUGGGAAUACAAAGACUCUGCCAGUUUCCAAGGGAAGAGAGUCCUUGUGCUCGGUGUUGGGAAUUCUGGAGGAGAUAUCGCCGUGGAGAUCAGUCGGGUGGCUGCUCAGGUGUUUCUCAGCACCAGAAGUGGCACGUGGGUGGUUAGUCGUAUUUCAGACCAUGGCUUCCCUGUUGACAUGAUGCUCAGCACUCGCUUUCACAACUGUCUCGAAAACUUCCUCCCAUCAGCCCUCAUGAGAUGGCUAAGGCUGAAGAAGUUCAAUACAUGGUUUGACCAUGCAAAUUAUGGCUUGAUUCCUCAGAAAAGUCCAAACCUAAGCUUAAUUGUGAAUGAUGAACUGCCAAGCUGCAUCCUCUGCGGUACAGUUGUAGUAAAACCAAAUGUGGAGGAGUUUAUGGAAAGCUCAGCUGUCUUUGAAGAUGGGACCGUAGAGGAGAACAUCGACAUGGUGGUCUUUGCUACCGGAUACACUUUCUCUUUUCCCUUCCUUGAAGAGUCUGUUCGCAACAACUGCAGAAGCAAGUACGCCCUUUACAAAUACAUCUUCCCACCCCCUCUGGAGAAGCCGACGCUGGCUGUCCUAGGCCUUAUAGAGCUAACAGGCUCCAUCAUGGCAGGAACAGAACUCCAGGCUCGUUGGGCCACAAGGGUCUUUAAAGGGUUGAAUCAGCUCCCUCCUGCCAGCAGGCUGAUGGCUGAAGUUGCCAAGAAGCAGCAGCAUCUAAUUAAACAGGGUCUUUCCAACAAGGAGAGCAAAAUCAAGACGAGUUACAUUGGCUACAUGGAUGAAAUUGCAUCAUGUGUUGGUGUAAAACCCAACGUGCCGCUGCUGUUCCUGAAGGAUCCCAAGCUGGCCCUGGAAGUUUUCUUUGGCCCAUGCACCCCUUACCAGUAUCGCCUGGCUGGACCAGGAAAAUGGGUAGGAGCCAGAAACACCAUCCUGACCCAGUGGCACAGGGCUGUGAAGCCCCUGAGAACUCGAGUCAUCAAUGAUUCUUCCAAUCACUCUUUGGUUUUCCACUGGCUUACAAUUCUUGGCCUUCCUGCACUCCUUUGUGCUGGUUUACUUAUUUGUAAAUAUUCCUCUCAGCUGUGGUUCCCCAGGGUAAGAUUAGGUGUUUUUCCCAUAUGUAAAAUGGGCUUUAUGAAAGGAGGGCUCUGAGUAGCUGGUGAAGGUUCUAAGCUGUGCUGCUAGAAGACAAUAACUUCAAUGUCUGUAACCAUUCAUCAGUUCCAAAAAAAUUCAGACUCUUCCAGCCCAGCUCAUCCCAAUCAGAUUGACACCGGAAACCACCCCUGGCCUCGGCACUUUGCGAAUACACACACUUGCUCUCCAGCUAAUAUGAAGUUGGACCUGAGGUCAACCGCUGGCUGAGAAAGCCCUGACAACGCAGAGCCAGAGACAGCAACCGAGUCUAUAGGGAUUGCCAACUCAAUCAAUGAGAUUAUUACAAUUGAGAUGUCAGAUGUUUCAUUUGUCUUUCACCAUUGACCCUGCUUGUUUACUGAUUACAUAUUGUUUGUCUUGGAUUAUGAAAAUAGACUAGUCACCUUCUCUUUUGUACAGAGAGAAGUUGUAUAGAUAAGUUUCUAAUCACUUUGAUUUUCUGAUUCUUUCCCAUUGUGUGCUUGCUACCAGGUGUAGUGCUUACCUUAGCCGAUGAGCCACACUCCCUGGUGCCCUGCACCUUAUGUAGUUAUUUCCAACAAAUAAUUAUCUUGUCUCAUACCCCACUCAAUGUCAACCUGCGUUUGAUUUACUGCAAAGGCAAUGGAGCCUUCUGAAUUGGUUUUGUACUGGACAUGGAAUUUGUGCUGCAGCAGAAUUUCGGUGGCAUUUAUAGACAGUCCAUUAUGUCAAUAUGGGCAGCCACAAGUUGAGGACUGCCAAAUGACUCAACUUCCUGGAGGUCUUUGAGCCUUGAACAUCAUCGAUGAGAACACUGUGGCUUGGCUUGAUCAAAUUGCAUACACAAAAUAAAUAAAUAAAAUAAAUUUCCAACAAUA